CUAUUACCAUGAAGUCUGGAAGCCUCGAUUCUCGUCUAACCCCAAGCCGGUUCAUGAAAGCUUUAAGUUAUGCUUCAUUAGAUAAAGAAGAUUUAUUAAGUCCUAUUAACCAAAACACACUUCAGCGUUCCUCCUCUGUUCGCUCCAUGGUUUCUAAUGCUACAUUUGGUAGCUCUGAUGAUUACAUUGGGCUUGCUCUCCCAGUGGAUAUCAAUGAAAUAUUUCAGGUAAAAGAAACUCCAUAUUUCCAGAAGAAAACCACACCUCCAUUUGAUGACCGUGGACCUAGGGUCUUCGCACCUGAUGCAGGAGGUCUUCCAUCAGGUACAAGUGAUGUUGUCAAAAGCCCUUUUCAGAUGCUCCGACAGCAGAUCAGUCUCACAGAAAUAAUGAAUACCAGCCGUUCAGAUGCCUCUCAGUUUUUAGAAAAUACAGAGGAUACAGGGCUACAGGAGCACACAGAUGAGAAUUGCCUUUACUGUGUCUGCAUUCAAAUAUUGGGUUAUCAGCCUAACAACAAAAUAAACUCUUCAUAUAGUCGUACAGAUUUUUCAGACAUUCCAUAUACUGACUGGUGUGGGCAGACCAUACACAAUCACUUAGAUGUGCAUUCCUCCAAAUUUUCUGGAAUUUCAGGCUGUAGUGAUGCAGUAUCCCAUGGUUCAGCUAGCAGCACCAAGAGUACAGAGCUUGUCCUAGGAGUAAAAUCCAUCCCAGAUGAUACACCAGUGUGCAGAAUACUUCUGCGGAAAGAAGUCUUACGUUUAGUAAUCAAUUUGAGUAGUUCAGUAGGAACCAAGGGCCAUGAAACUGGACUCCUAACAAUUAAGGAGAAGUAUCCCCAAGCAUUUGAUGACAUAUGCCUUUACUCUGAGGUAUCCUAUUUGUUAGCACAUUGUACAUUUCGACUUCCAUCUCGAAGGUUCAUUCAGGAGCUAUUUCAAGAUGUACAGUUCUUACAAAUGCAUGAAGAAGCAGAGGCUAUUUUAGCAACACCAACAAUACAGCCAGUAAUCGAUACAUCAGCUGAAUCCUGACCUCUGUCUCGUGCAGUACGUUGCAUAUAGACUUUCUGAAAUCCUCAGACAACCUCUGACUGACUGGAUAAAAAGCUUGGAGCAUCAUUUUCUAGACCGUUCCAGAAGCUACUGGUACCUGAAGACUGAACUGAAAUCUUUUUCUUCCUCAACCAAUUACUGCCCCAGUCUUUUGAGCCCUUUGGGGAGUUAUUAAACAUUGCCAUAGUUUUAAUAAUAGUAACUACCAGUAUAUGCAAGAGCUGAGCACUGAACACCUCCACAAGUUUUCAUUUCAUUUUCUACCGUAAAUUAAAAAAAAAUAGAACAACAUGCAGAGACAUCUUUUUUGAUGGACUUCCGAUUCUGUUCCAGAGAAGCAGAGCGAUGCCUUGCUUUUUAAACCCUGGAUACCAGGAAUCAGAGAGAUGAGGGUGCAUUCCAUUGGCCACAAUGGGGAGCCAUGUAGUAAUCAUGGACACCAGGGGAUUAAUGUUAGCCCUUCUCUGUUGGUUUUUGUACUGUUUAUGACACUACUUGGGGGUUUGUAACUUCAGACAGAAAGAAAAGCCUCUGUGAAUCUGAGGUUUCCUUUAAGUUAUUUUGCUACUGCUAUAGUUGCAAGUCAUUUUAUUAGCAGUCUCUCCUAUUUCAUUACAUUUACAUACAUGUAUCUUACCUGAACCAGUUAAGGAUUUUCACUACAGUUUGAUUUUAAAAAUAGCAAAUCAUUUAAACUUAAAAUGCUGAAAUCACAUUGUUUUCCUUGAAUGAUAUGCAUGUGUUUGCAGUUUCUACACUCAUGCUCAUAUAGUACGAAUGUUGGUCUUAACUAAAAUCCUUUCAAAAGCAUGAUUUGUAUUAGAUAAAUGAAUAUUGUAUAAACUAAACUUGAAGACAUUUAAUCAUUGCUGCUUUUGUGAGAAGACAUAAUAUGAGUGGUUUUCAAGUUCCAUGGAAAAAGCCUUUUAUAAAAACAAAGGUUUAUUUGAAUUUUCAAUGGACGAGUGAUCAAGCAUCAGAUAGUACUAAUAAUUGUAGUGAAAAGCCUUAAGUACCAAAUUUUGGAGCAGCAGUACUUACAAUUUUAUACCUGUAUUUAAGACGUGUUGCAAGAGUUAAAUGAUACAGUGACUGUUAAUGAAUUAGUUGCCUCUGUCACGUUACUAGUGAGGUUUCUAAAUUAAUGAGUGCAAGCUUAAA